AUGAACGCUGACGGCCAAGAACCUCCAACCCAGCAGCAGCAACAGCAGCAGCAUGGGUACGCGCCCUACCCGCCGCAACAGCAAUAUUACGCCGGGCAGCAGCAGCAGCAGCAGCAGCAGCAGCAGCAGCCUCAAUAUCAACAUAAUCAGCAAUAUCAGCAAUACUACCAGCAACAACAGCCGUACCAAGCGCCGCAGCAGCCGCAGUAUUACUAUCCCCCUCAACAACAGCAACAGCCGCAGCCGUACGUCUCUGCUCCUACCGCUACGCCGCAAGUUCCACCAACCGUCGCCACUCCUUCGCAUCAGCAAAACUUCCUUGCCGAGUUGGACGCCUCGUCAUCCGCGACACCAGCCGCCAAGCCAGGGCUGACCCCGACAUCCACGUCAUCGCCGCCCACCGCCGCCGCUCAGACCCAGCAUGGGAUCCCUGACACCGGCGCCGUCUUUGAGAUGUCCGCCGGGGCAACGGCGCCCAGGCCCGACAACGCCUCCUCCAAACCGCAGACGGUAGCCGCCGCAACAUCACCGGUGCCGGCGGCAGCGAACGCGAGCCCCGCAGAGCAAGCAGGCCAGAAACCACCGCCGCCGCCGCCCAUCCAGGCGAACCCCUGGGGCUUCUUCCUCCCCAACGACGACGACGCCCCCGAGCCCUCCGCCUCCGCCUUCCCGGCCAAGGAGUCGCUCGCGGAUGACCAGACUCUCGCGGUGAAGCCCCUGAGGAUCGUCAAGACAGGUCCUGCCGAGGGGAAUCCCGAGGACAGACCCCAAGGCGGCGGCGGCAGCGGCGCCGUCACGGAGCAUGUUGCGCUGCAGCCUUGGCGGCCCGCAGCACCGGAAGCCGGCGCGGUUGCGGAGAUGAGCGGUGGGUCGCGUCCGGCCGGCGGGUCCCCCGACACGCUGCAACUGGCCCCGGCGCCGCUGAACAUCAUACGCCCGCAGUCCCCCGCCGUCCAGCACCGGCCUCCGGGCUCGACGUCGCCCGUCUCCUCUACCUCUCCGCCGGCGUCCCAACUCCCGUACCCCAUCGACGGCGACGGCAUCCCGACGCCGGGCUCUCACCCCGCGCCACAGCCCAGGACCCAGCUCACGCUUCCCAUCCACCCGGCUGCCACCGGCUCCCCUUUUUAUCCGGCUUCGCCCACGGCCUUGGCCCCUUCACCACUGACACCCUCGCCCACGGGCGCGGUGGCGCCGCAGCCGCAGCACUACCAGGUUGCUCCCCAGCCGAUAUACACGCAAGCAUCACCCGUAAGCCCCAUCGUCGUCCAGGCCGGCCUGCCCCCGACUCUGCCCAUAGGCUCCUACUUCCCUCAGCAACCGUCCUACGCCCGCCCAGAAACGACCCGGCCGGCACAGGCUCCGCCUUCGGCACACCACAGCCCGGCGCCCUCAGUCUCGAGCACCGCCACCACCCAACUAGGCCCCCAGACCGGUCAACACUCCCCAGUCCAGUCGUACACGUCGCCCCCGCCGUCCUACAACCCUACCACGACCCAGAGUCAGCCGGCAACCACAUCACCGACCUCACUGCCGCAGUUUCCCCAGCCUCCGCCGCAGCCUCUCUCCCCGAACCCAACCGGCGUCCCUCUGCCCACGAGCCCGCCCCCCUCGCAGUAUCCCUACUCCCCCUCCAGCGUCGGCGCAGACAAGUUCGGCUUCAACCCCCACCAGCCACCUCCCGCCCCGCAGCAGCAGCAGCAGCAGCACCCCUACAACCCGCACGCCUCGCCGCCGAUCCCUCAAGCGUCCUACGUUAACGGCCCGCAGUUCUAUCACCCAAUUGCCCCGCCCUUGCCGCCGCGGCCAUCCCCGCCGAUGCCGGGCCAGUACGGACAACACUCGACACCCUGGCCCUACGGGCCCCCGCCUCCGACGCGGCCAAACUACCAGGCCCCGCCGCCCAGGCCCGACGCGCGGUUCUUCAGCAGCGCCACGGCACGGAAGCUGCUGGGCAAGACGACGGAGCUCGUCGACCAGACCAUCACGCCGUACCUCCAGGACCACCGGCCCAGGCCGCCGUACAACACGUACCAGUACCAGUACCCGAACCAGCCGCCGUCGGUGCCGCAGGGCCAAUAUCACCAGCAGGGCUACGCUACCUCUCAACGUACGUAG